AUGCCUCUAACGAUGACAUCAGGAGACUCGUUAAGGGACCCAACCAGGUGUCAACAAGCGUGCAUACAGUUUUGGUCCGACCCAAAAUAUUACUCAAUAGCGACAUUUGCACUGUACCAAAUAUUCAUUCUACUCGUUAUCUACCUUUUCCACCUCAUGGGAGCUUCGCCUAAUUUCACGGCCUUCCUCACAACCUCCUGGGCGGUCAUUUUCGCGGGUAAUUUACUCCUCGCGCUACUUUUACCCGGCCUACUCGCUCAAGAGUUCCUCAAGCGGUACGCCAAGCGCGAUAUACUGGAGGCAGCUAAAGUGGGGUACUCUAUAGCGGGGCAGCGGAGAGGAGGGCGAGUGGUGGUGCUGCGAGGGCGAGUCAGCUUGCCUUCAUCUUCAGCCGCAUCCAUGCCAGGAGGCUCCUCUCUUGAGGGGGAUCAGGGUUUCCUCAUCAUGAGCACAUCUCUCCAAUCGUACCAUGCCCGCAGAGCAACAGCCUUCUAUCGCCGCCGGGAGCACCUGCGGCAGAUCCUGGCCGUCGAUUUCCGCAUAUCCGACAGCAACGGGGACAGCAUCCUGGUGUGCGGGCGGCGGGCGGCGGACCGAGGGAAACUGGCAGCGUUUGUGCAGCACGGGACGGUGGUGCCUUUGGCGUCUAGCAAGCGGAUCAUCGGCUUCCUGGAUGCUUCCUGGCUGGAGCAGGAGCAGCAAUUUCUGGAGACGCAUCCCAACGUGCAGCCAUCGGAUCUUGUUAUUUCACGAGGAAUGGUCACGGAGGGCCAGACAGUGAGUGUGAUGGGCCUACUGAGGGAAGCGCGGCCACUAGAAGAUGAUGGAGAAACGAUCCGAAGCAGCAGCAUGUGGUCCACAGCUCAAGAAGGACUGGUGUUGGAGCCGCUGGGCUCGCCUGUGAACGUGGGCGAGUUCUUCCUCUGCUGGGGCUUUUUUCCUGUCUACUUCCCCACCUGGGUGUCUGGCUUGCUAGUCGCAGACAACCAGGGGCUGUUUUGA